AUGGUUGCUAUUGUACCUCAUGUUUCCUUUACCACAGCUAAUUCUGCUCAGAAAACUAAAGGAAGCCAAAUACCACCAGAGGAGAUCCGGAAGAUCAAUAUGAGAGCUCUUAAAGUUAAUUUGAGGGAGGGUUCUCGAGGUUUUGAGUGCUUUUUUUCGAACUUUAUCCAGAUAUUCAUACUGCUGGGCACUUUUUGUUACGGUUUCAAAAGGCUUCAGCCGUGGUCUAGUGAUGGCAUUGACACGUCUUAUAAACAAAUCUUCGUAAAUGUCCUCGUGGUUGGAUUGAUAAUGAUAAGUGUGGUUUUCAUCAAAUAUUGGCAACAUGGCCGCGGGAGCUUACCUAAGUUUGAUACCGUUUACAGUUUAUAUUUACCCUUCAUGAUUUCAUUAUUGUUUGAUACACCUUCUACAGUAAUAAAUACUAUACUGAUUCUUUCGGUACUGGAUUCCUAUGAAUGGGACACUCAAUUAAUAGUGGUGAUUUUACAGUUCUGCCUCGUAUUUUUCAAUUUUGAAUCUGAUGACAGGGAAAAGAAUAUUGUCAGCAUUAUAAUAAACUCGUUGCUGUCGUUGAUUUUAAAAUAUAUUGGACAACUGAAGAGCUUAGACAAUAUCGACUCUAAUCUAUUUAGUAUCAUACUAACGAAUAUAUUAUACCUUUCUGAAGCAGACUCAAUACAAUUUAGAAUUUUGAGGGGCAUUAUCAUUGCUCUCAUAACGGUAAUUUCAAUAAAUUAUAUGCUCAAUAAAAUAAUGCACGUUAAACCUUUUAUUUUGUCGAUAUUUUUUGCUGUUGGACUUCCCGCUUUUACGAGUAUCUUCAUUCAAUUAGAAGGCGACAGAAACCCGCUAUUCUGGUUGGUAGAAUAUAUCUUAGAAUCUGCCACCCGUCAAAAGAUCCUAUUUGCUUGGUCUUCCAUUCUUAUGCUGUCUAUACCAAGUAUUUUGAUUGAAAAAGAUAGUCUAUCAUUGAAUACCUCCCGAAAAUUGUGGCAUUUCAUCAUUUUCUUACUCAUAGUACCGUCAUUCCAAAUAGAUUCAAAUUUCGUGAAAAUUGCGUUGUCCGGAACAAUACCAGUCUUCUUAUCAAUCGAAUAUAUAAGGUUUCAAAACUUACCACCGCUGGGAUCUGUUGUUGAAAAGCAUCUUAGAAGGUUUGCGGACGCCAGAGACCACAGCGGGCCUUUGAUCAUUUCAUACCUUUAUUUACUGAUCGGAAUAUCCACGCCUUUACUAAUGAAUAAUUCUCCUAUGGGUUUAAUAGGGCUGGGAAUUGGUGAUUCGCUUGCAUCCAUUAUUGGUAAAAAGUAUGGCCGUAUUCGUUGGCGAGGCACUCAGAAAACUAUAGAGGGAACUUUUGCCUUCAUAAUUACUAGUUAUGUUGUUUGCUUGAUCUUAUUCUAUUUUGAUAGGGCAGUCAUUUUUAAUCAUUUGACUGCUUUACAAUUACUCGGCGUUUGUACGCUGAGCGGAGUACUAGAAGGUAAUAGUGUACUUAAUGAUAAUAUUUUGAUACCUGCAUUUAUGAUGAUUUGCGAAAAAUUGUUUACCCUUUGA